GUAAUCACCGGAAGUUGUACAUUUUCUUAUAGAACGUAAUUUUAUAUUUGAGAAGGAUAGUAGCGGGAAAUAACAAUCCAUCACAAUCAUGGCAGAUGACAAAGACCAUGAAGAACAUGUGCCAGAAUCUCCAGAAAUCCAUUUUGAACCCAUUGUCAAGUUGUCCCUUGUUGAGAUCAAGACAAUGGAAGAAGAUGAAGAAGUGUUGUUAAACUUGAGAGCAAAGCUUUUCCGCUAUGAUCAUGAUGCAGAGCCUAAAGAGUGGAAAGAAAGAGGCACAGGAGAAUGCAAAAUUUUGAAACAUAAAAAAAACGGCCUGAUUAGGAUUUUAAUGAGAAGAGACAAAACACUGAAAAUUUGUGCCAAUCACUAUAUCUAUCCCUCGAUGGAACUAAAACCCAACUGUGGCAGUGAUCGGGCAUGGGUUUGGUCCACUACAGGAGAUUUUGCAGAUGAAGAAAGCAAAGAAGAGGUGCUUGCCAUCAGAUUUGCAAAUGCAGAAAAUGCCCAGAAGUUUAAAACAGUAUUUGAUGAGUCUGCAGAGCAAAUGAAGAAAGUUUUGAACACCAAGUCAGUUAUAGAAAAUGGAGAUACUAAUGCUGAAAAAAAAGAUGAAGAGAAGGAAAAAGUGGAUGAUGGAACCACUGAGCUGGCUGGUCAGUUGAAAGACUUAAAUGUCAAUAAGCAUACAGAAGAGACACCUGCUGAGGGUAGUACUGAGUGAUAUUUAAUUAGACAGUGAAAAUCAUUUUACAUCUUGCCACAGUCUACAUGUUGUGUUUAACAUUGAUUCCAUUCAGCACUCUCCUACCUACCUUCCUCACUGGCAGAAUAAAGGGCAGUGUUGUAUUCAUAAUGACAUUGGUCAGCGGUUUACGUAACUCUAAAAUCUCCUUAUGUCUAGAAUUAAAGUGAUGUCAAUUAACAGAGGUUUGAAACAUUUUUUGGAUAAAGUAAUGAACCUCGUGUAUGUUUCUUGCAAUAUUCAUCACUGAUUACAUUUUUUUUUUUAUGACAAAAGGUGCUUUACUGGCUACCAAGUAGCUAUUUUAAUUCUAUGUAAUUAAAAUAAAUUAAGGAUAAAUAAAUAUUUUUUUUAAGAAAAAAUUUUCUUUCGAUUCUUAAUGGUUACAAAAUUGAUGGGUAUAGUAUUGUAUUAUAUUAAGUUUAUUGGUCCAAUUUCUUAGAAAUUUUCAAAUUUUUUUUUUUAAAUCCAUAGCAAAUUCUUGUCCAAAUGAAAGUUUUGAUGGAUGAGCAGUUUUUGGUUGUUGUUUUUUUUUUUUGUACUAAGUCAUUAAAAUAGUUACAUUGUUUUUAGCUCAAAUAUGUAGAUCAGCACAAUUGGAUCAUUAAACUUUCAAUUUGUUUGACCGAGUUAACCAUUUUAUUUUUAACAUACUGUCAUAUUUUGUAAAUAAAUUGUCAACAUUGUG